AAUUGACCUCGCUUUGCGUUUUGCGUCUCAAUUACUUCGAUUUGCGCAACCAUGGUUUCCCGCACGCUCCCUCGCAUGGCCGGUUUCGUCUUCCGGGAGAACCGCGUCCCCUACUACCAGCGCCUUUUCCAGAACGGUGAUGGUGUUCGCCAAUGGAAGAAGACUGCCCGAAGCCCAUACUUGCUAUAUCCAUUCUACGUAUCGCUUUAUGGUAGCACCAUUGCCACCAUGUACGCCAUGGGCAGAAUCGUUCUUGGACACAAGACAUGGUUCUAAGUCAGAGGUCAAUCCCGAUUGGACAAGAUAAAUUGAGCUCAUAGAGGUGGUGUUUAACUCGAGGUGAAUUGGAAUGGUGUAUAUAGUCCUGAUAGAGCUUCAAACUACAACUCUUGUUGAACUAGCUCUGACUAUUAAAGCCAAUUGCACACCGUUGUAUAUUUAACAUUGCAAGAUA